AUGGCAAAUGUCGAUAAUACUCCAAUAAUCUCCUCUACUGACGACGAUGUAGAAGAAUUGAUUCUCGCAACAUUGUUGAUAGUACAAUAUCAUUAUUCCAGCGAUUUAUACAAUAGAGAACCACGUAGGGAUAGUGCAUUCACAGGGGCAGCAUGGGUACAUGAGGUGUUGCAUGGGCAUGCAAACCGUUGUUACGAAGAAUUUGGCAUGGAACGACAUGUGUUUUUAAAUUUAUGCCUACUAAUGAGACAUCGUGGUUGGUUACAAGACAGUCGCAAAAUUAGGGUAGAUGAGCAAUUGACAAUGUUCAUGUUCAGAAUAACAGGUGUAGGUCCUACUAAUAGAGCAGUUGAGGAGAGAUUCCAACAUUUAGGACAGACUGUCAGCUAUUACUUUGGCAAAGUAUUGCAAGGGGUGCUUAAGCUUUCUAAGGAGUAUAUCAAAGCCCCAUCGUUUGAUGAGAUUCCUAUGGAAAUAAUUGCAAACAACAAAUGGUGGCCAUAUUUUAAGGAUUGCAUUGGUGCCAUAGAUGGUACACAUGUUACGGCUAUAGUUCCCAAGGGAAAACAGAUCCCAUAUCGAGGACGGAAGGGGAUAACAACCCAAAAUGGAAGUAUUACGUUGUAG